UUCCACCUUUUCUUUUUCGUUGCAGUCUUUUUUUGUCCCUCGCUGCUUUCCGUCCGUACCGUACGAACUGGUGUCCUGCAUAGAAAUGGCUGAAGCUCCCCCACGGCCCUGCCGGUUUUUUUGUCACCGGUGUUCAGCAGAGAUCAGUCCGCGUUUACCGGACUACACCUGUCCACGCUGUGAAUCUGGAUUCAUUGAGGAAUUGCCUGAGGAAAGAAGUACUGAAAAUGGAUCCACAUCUACAUCCUCCACCAGUGAUCAGAACCGCCCGGCCUUUGAGAACUUGGAUCCCCAACACUUAUUCACAUUUCCCUCUGGGUACGGUCCAUUCGCCCUUGGGAUUUUUGAUGAAAACUUUGACCUUCGAACCCGGCUGCCCACAGAGGAUAACCGAGAGACAGAAAACCGGAGAGAACGGGAAAUGGCAUCACGGCAGCGAUACAGUGCGCGGCAGCCACGGGGUCGACACGUUCCUCGACGUCAGGGUACGCGCCAUGAAGGAGUGCCCACGUUAGAGGGGAUCAUCCAGCAGCUAGUUAAUGGCAUCAUAGCACCUACAGCGAUGCCAAAUAUUGGAAUGGGACCAUGGGGUAUGUUACAUUCCAAUCCAAUGGACUAUGCCUGGGGUGCCAAUGGGCUUGAUGCGAUCAUAACGCAGUUAUUGAACCAGUUUGAAAACACAGGUCCUCCUCCUGCAGACAGGGAAAGAAUAAAGAGUUUACCCAUCAUCUCCAUCACAGAGGAACAUGUGGGUGCUGGUUUAGAGUGUCCUGUGUGCAAAGAAGACUACAGUGUUGAGGAGACUGUUAGACAACUGCCAUGCAAUCAUUUGUUUCAUAAUGACUGUAUAGUCCCGUGGCUGGAACAGCAUGAUACGUGUCCCGUGUGCAGGAAGAGUCUUAGCGGACAGAACACAGCCACAGACCCACCAGGGUUAUCAGGAAUGAACUUCUCUCCCUCCUCCUCAUCCUCUUCCUCUCCCAGCUCACCAAGCAAUGAGAACGCUGCUAGCAACUCAUAGAUUCCCCCCCCCCCUCCCCGUCACCACCACCAACACCUCAUAUCUGAAAACCUCACAACCAACUGAGACCCAACGGCUCCUCUCCACAGCUGAGACCAGGACCGUCUCACUUCUAGGGGAUGAUAUGAGUGGACUUGAACUCUGAAUUUUCUUGCAGACUAUUCAUUCAGUCAUCAUUCCUCCCCCCUGUGCAGACCGGACGCUGGGUCCAACUCCUGCUGCUAUUGUUGCUGAGUGUUUGAGGAGGCGGGGCUGGGUAGUAUUUAAGGAAGAUAAGGAGGCUGUGAAUAAAAAUGAUGAUAAAAGAGGGAACGUGACCAGAACUGGAACACAGUUUGAGCCAGAGUGGACAGCUUUUUGACGGAGACAUGUCUCUGCCACAAGGCUGAGACACAUUUUAUAUUUAAAAGACAAAAUGUUCUUUUUUUAAACAUUGCCUGUGGUGGUGCAGACUUCAAGCUGAGUCCAUAGAUGUGUAGAUAGAGAAUUCAUUUUUCAGACAGCGAACUGUCCGCCACUGUACAGCUAAUGGAUCAAACUAAAACCUUGUUGAAACGAGUGUAUGCAUCUGAUUUUUUUUAUUUUUAUUUGCACCUCUGUUUUUUUAUUUUGCACACCAUUCAGUCUGAUGUUAAGAAUGUGAAUUUGGGUAAACUACUGAAAAACAAACAAAAAAAUCCCCACAUUUUUGCAUUGAAUGAGUCUUUUAGGACUUGUUUUUGUGUUUAUUAGAUUCUUCUUUUUAUUAUUAGCGUGUGAUCCAGUGUAUGUGGUGUAUCUUGACAAGGUAAAGAUCCUCACAGCUCAAAUGUGGACACAUUUUUACUGCGUUUCCUCAAGUAGAAAAAAUUUACUACUUAUUUAUUGAACCCUUGCCCAAAACAUGAAUAGAGAAAUGUAAAAGAAAUAAAAAGAGAAAUAAAAAAAAAAGGCAUGGGAACAUCUUACCUCUAUGAAACUGGCCAAAUGUGUUUCACAUAACAAGUGUUUAUUAUUUUAUUAACUGAUUUUUUUUGUACAGUCACAAUAAAGUGCUAAAGAAAACUGA